CAAUUGAUCAUGAUUCUUCCUCUUCAUCUUUCUUCUGCUCGCGCCAGGAGUCUCGCAAGGCUUCAGAAGCUAUCUAGUCAUAGACGGUGCACGCCAGGCAGCAAUGGCGGAGCAGCGACCGGACAACGGAAAGGGCAAAGGCAAAGCAAGGCUUCUGGGCAAUGCAGACAAUACAGAGGCGCAAGGUCAGGCCAAACUGGCAUCCAGAGUAGUGGAGUCUGCUAGAGGGCUCCUUGAAGAUAUGAUGAAGCCAGGCUCCGACACUACACACACGCUGUCUUCGAACGCGGCUAUGGGAGGCAAGCCUCAGUCGUCCGGGAUGCUCACCAACUUGAAUGGCUCUCAAAGCGAUCAUUCUGUGAAAACACAGUCCCAAGGGUCCGCGGGCGGCGCUUCAAGAAGUGCUUCACAGCCAAAGAAUAGCUUUAGGACGCCUGGCUCGGCCGACGAUACGUUACGACAUUUCGAAGAGUUUGCUUCUUCCAAGGGAUCUGCGCUCAGCGCUGACACAUGUCCCCCACAACAUCUCGAUGACCUUGAUAAGUCAGGGCGCCGUGCUUGGAUUGACCCCGUUCGAGUCCCGCAUGGCCACAGCUCCGCGUCUUACCAAAAUCACUAUGAUGAUGGGGCUGAAGUGCGAGCACUACUGAGUGAUCCCAACCUUUCGGUAGACCACGAUGCCCUUGACUUUCUGCCGUCAGAAGAAACGUCGCAACCGACUGUCGACGAAUUAUUUGCACAAAAUCUGUCUUCCGAAGCGCAGCAGGCAGUCGCGGACCUGAAGUCGAAUCUACCACCACCGCCAGUUUACCAAGCAAUACCUUCAAACCAUCCAUUGGCCCUUGUUCCUAGAUCGGACGAAGUGAAGCGUGAGAUCGAACAAAACAUUCAUGGUAUUCUUUCGGGGACAUUUACCGGCGAGCAUCUGUCUCCAGGUUCUGAGUCAGAGAUCCAAUGGCUUUCCAGCUGGACAAGUGUGCUCGAUAGGUACACCGAUGAAGUCUGGGGAGAUAUAUUGCCCAUUGUGAAAGAGACCAAGAAGCAUCUGGAGCAGGUAAAAGCUGGAAAUGCGACUAUGGACUCCCAGGCCGUGGCACGAUUGAAAAUGAUUCUAGGACAUCUUCAGCAGCAUGAAUCUAAGUAACGCAAUGGUCACAAGAUUCAUCUAGGUCACCCUUGCCAUCAUUCGCACAAAAUACAUGUUCGCAUACUUUAUGACACUGUUUCUUUCAGCCCCUCAGAGUAUGAAAAAAGAAGAAAACCGUCACUGAUUAUGACAAAAUCAGCCUGAGUUCAAGUUAGCUUGGCCUAUUUAUUGCCUAGAGAAUUGGUAGAGACCUAAAUUUUGGAAAACUGUUCAGCUGUGUACGACAUUAGGCGCGUCUGCAGUGAGGGCGUUCGCACACCGCCUUUAAAGGCACACAACGGGAU